AAUCAAUCUGGACACGAGAAAGAGUUUUAAAAAUGCUCCAAAAAGCUCCCGAAUAAAACUUUGAGCUUUUAAACAAUAAAGAGACGCAAAAAGAACCCAAACUGCCAGAACCAGAACCAGCUCUGAGUGGUUUGCUCUGCUGGAUCAGAACCAGGCUGAGGUCAAUCUGCUGAACUCAUUGAAACCAAUCUGCUCUUCACCGGGUUCCAGAAUCACUGACCUUUGACCUUUCCUUUAUCAGUCAGGUGUUUCUGUUCCUCAGAGGUCAAACAGUUGGGUUCCUUUCAUCGCAGGUUCUGCUGGCAGACAGAGUCCCGGCGCUGAGGAGAAACUGGGUCACGACCCAGAAACAGAGAGCUGAGGUGGUUCUGGUUCAGACUGUGGGUCAGAACCGCGUGUCAGAACUGAAUUAUAGAUGCAAACUCCAGGGGCGCAAAAGAUAAGUUCCUCCUUACAUCUGAAUGCAUUUUUAACUCAAUAAAUUAAAUUUAUCUACAUCAAUUUAUUUGUUUAUUGUUGAAUAAAUAUCAUGCUUCUCAUAUUUAUAUGCAUUUACUGUCAUUUUUAGCUGAAUAUUAAAGUAAUGAAUUAAUACGAGUGCUGCUGCUACAGUUUGGUUCUGGACUUUUCUUGUGUUGGUUCUGGUUCAACUGUGGCUCCUGUUUUAUUUUGAUAAUCUGUUUCUUGUGUUCUGAUUACUUCCUGUUUUACUUUUAACUCCUGUUUUGUCCUGUUUCUGGAUCAGUCCUUCCUCAACUGACCCUUGACCUCUGCUCCCAUCCUACCAGUGGAAGCCACUCACCUGGUUCCAGUCCAGUAAUCACCCUCCCAGACUCCUCAGUUCCUUGUCAGAUCCUCCCAUUACGAUCCAUCCUGCCAGUUUUUAAGCUAUUUUAUUUUUUAUUUAGUCGUUUUAAAAACUUUAAAGUUUUAAAAGAGGCUAACAUAAAACAAAAUACAAUUAAAAUAUUUUUUUGUACUUCAGUUGUUUCACUGUCACUUUAUUAGCCAAAAUUGCUAGAUUGUAGACCAGUAAAAACAGGAAGUGGUCAUGGCGAUCCGGUGAAUUAAAAAAUAAAACCACACCUGACCUCAAUCCCCCUACAUUUCCACUGAGCUUCAAAUCAUUUCACCAAAGAGUCUCUUUAACCCGUAUUUUGUAUCACCAUUACUGGUUUAUAAAAAAAACUACAAUAAAUAAAACAACAAUGUUUAGUCUGGUGGCCCGCCAGGCUUAAAAUACACAAAUCAGCUGGAAAACCAACAGCAAUCAUCACCUGGAGGAGGAAUAAAACUCAAUCAGAGCAACUAGCCUGUCCUGUGAUUUAGCUUCUGUCUUUUAAUGAUGUUUUUCUGCAGGUUUGACCUGUAAAGUUCAGUAACGUGAUAAAUCCCUCAGAACCUGAACCGUUUGGACCUUUUUCUGGAGGAUGACUUCCUGUGGGCUAAAGAGCAGAGCGGCCACUGAGGCAGGAAAUGAAGCUAAUGACGGAGCGGUGGACCCGUCUCUGACCGAUAAUUAAAUCUGUGUUUCAGACGUGUCUAAUGGAUCCACCGCUCACGUCACUGCAGGCCGUUUCCCGUCACCUGCCUCGUCCACGACAGCUUCAAUUAUGGAGGAGAGACGGCUGCUGCUAAUGGAUCCGUCCCAGAUGUCCACUGAUUGACCAGAAGGGACAGAAAGGGGCAAAAGAAAUGUCAAAAAGCUGCCGCCAGCAGAGAUAUGAGGGACGAACUGGAGCAACUGGAAUUUCUGUUACAAAGACCCGGUUCAGAACUGGUUCACUAAGGUGAAUGUUCUGUCUGAACGAUUCUCCUGUCUGAGUCAGCAGCCAAUUAGGCAAAAUAAAACAAUAAAAUCUCCGUGUUAAGACAGCUGACGUCCAGAGAGACAUUCAGGAAUCAGUUCAAAACAAGGAACCAGUUCAAAACAAGGAACCAGUUCAAAACAAGGAACCAGUUCAAAACAAGGAACCUGUUCAAAACAAGGAAUCUGUUCAAACUGAACAGAGAAUUGAAUCUGUUUGGUGUCCGGAACCUUUUCAGAUUCAGGAAUUUGUUCAGUCCGGAAUCGGUUCAGUCAGGAAUCUGUUCAGUCAGGAAUCUGUUCAAUGGGGGGAAACGAGCAGAAAACUUGAACUGAAACUGAAAAACUCCAUCAGAACUCAAAAGACCUCCGGAUCCAGAAACGUUGAAACUAUCAGGAAAUUCUGAAUCUUAAUAAAUUUAAACUCCUGAUCAGCCUAUCUGGGUGAAAUGACUCUCCCAGCCUCUGCAGCGCCCCCUGUGCUGAUGAUGCGCUCCUGCAACAACAUCCAUCACCUUCCUCCUCCUCCUCCUCCUUCUCCUCCUCCUCACUGGUACCCAGAGCGACAAACCUCAGUGCAUCAGUGUUUGAUUGUAGCCCGAGUCGUGCAGCUGUUCCGCUGCUCCUGAACUGGUGAACCGAACCAAGCCGAACCGAACCGGGAGGAACCGGGCCAACGCGCCGGGAUGGACCCCGAGCUGGAGCCGCGUUUCCUGCUGUGAGGAGCGGAGCAGGAGCCUGGAAAGCCCCGGAGGAAAGCGGAGGAGGUGGCGGGGGGGAUCCGGGAGACAGAGCCAUGGCGACUGGCGGCGGCGGAGGCGGCGGCGGGGCGGCGCGCAGGCGGAGAGCCGGGAUCCCCGGGUUCUGCUGGAAGACCUGCUGCUUCCCGCUCCUGCUCUGCGUGGUGUCGGUGUGCGGGGAGGAGAAGACCUUCAUAGUGGAGACGUGGCUGAAGAACUACGGCUACCUGCUGCCUCAUGACGUCAGGACGUCGGACCUGCGGCAGGAGAAGGCCAUGCAGUCCGCCGUGGCGGCCAUGCAGCGUUUCUACGGGAUACCGGUGACGGGAGUCCUGGAUGAAACGACCAUAGAGUGGAUGCGGCGGCCUCGCUGCGGCGUUCCCGACCAUCCUCACACCAGCCGGCGCCAGAGGAACAAACGCUACGCGCUGACGGGGCAGAAAUGGAGGGAGAAGAGGAUCACCUACAGAAUAUCAAACUACACCCCGAAGGUGGGGGAGAAGGACACGCACCGAGCGAUCCGCCAAGCCUUCAACGUGUGGCAGGCUGUCACUCCGCUCUCCUUCCAGGAAGUCCCAAACUCAGACGUGGAGAGCGACGGGAAAGACGCCGACAUCAUCAUCUUCUUCGCCUCUGGUUUCCAUGGCGACAGCUCUCCAUUUGACGGCGAGGGGGGAUUCCUGGCCCACGCCUACUUCCCGGGCGCCGGCAUUGGAGGAGACACCCACUUCGACUCUGACGAGCCGUGGACUCUGGGAAACGCCAACCAUGACGGUAAUGACUUGUUCCUGGUGGCGGUGCAUGAACUAGGCCAUGCUUUGGGUUUGGAGCACUCCAACGACCCCAGUGCCAUCAUGGCUCCCUUCUACCAGUACAUGGACACGCACAACUUCAAGCUGCCGAUGGACGACCUGCAGGGCAUUCAGAAGAUCUACGGGAUCCCCACCCCCAUGUUGGAACCCACCCGGCCGUUGCCCACGCUUCCCUCCCGACGGACUCACUCCACCUCGGAACGCCAUCCGGACCGGGUCGCCCGGCCGGGUCGGCCGCCCGGCGACCGCCCCGCUCUGCCCGGCAACGGAAAACCCAACAUCUGCGACGGGAACUUCAACACCGUGGCGUUCUUCAGAAAGGAACUGUUCGUUUUCAAGGAUCGCUGGUUGUGGCGUCUGAGGAACAACAAGGUCCUGGAGGGUUAUCCCAUAGAGAUCGACCAGUUCUGGAAGGGCCUGCCUCCUCGCAUCGACGCUGCCUACGAGAGGUCCGACGGAAAGUUUGUCUUCUUCAAAGGUGAUAAGUUCUGGGUGUUUAAGGAGGUGAAGGCCGAGCCGGGUUACCCUCAGAGCCUCAUGGAGCUGGGCAGCUUCCUCCCCAAAGAUGGCAUCGAUGCCGCCGUCCGCUGGGAGGUCUUCGGGAAAACCUACUUCUUCAAAGGAAACCAGUACUGGCGCUACAAUGAGGAGAAGCGGACGGUGGACCCGGGAUACCCGAAGCCCAUCAGUGUGUGGGAUGGAGUCCCCGACUCUCCCCAGGGAGCCUUCACCAGCAGAGAGGGAUAUCACACCUACUUCUACAGGGGGAAGGAGUACUGGAGGUUCGACAACCAGAAGCUGACGGUGGAGCCUGGAUAUCCAAAGUCCAUUUUACAAGACUGGAUGGGCUGCUACCAGUCCGAGAUGGAGCGCUCCGGCAGCAACCGCGGAGACCGGCAGCUGCCACUUGACGACGUGGACGUCAUCGUGACCAUCAACGACGUCCCCACGACCGUCAACGCCAUCGCCGUGGUGAUACCAUGCAUCCUGUCGCUCUGCAUCCUGGUGCUGAUCUAUACCAUUUUCCAGUUUAAGAGCAAAGGAGCGCAGCAGAACACGAUCAUGCAGCAUUAUUACAAAUACCCGGUUCAGGAGUGGGUAUGACAGGGGACCAGAACCCCAAAGCUGUCGCUAUUUUCAGCCAACAGAACUGGACCGAAAGAUUCUGCUAGCUGGAGAGAGAAGAUCUGAACUUUGAGACAAAGAGUUUAAAAGAAAUGUUCAUAUUUGGGGAUGUUAAAACCAAACAGGGUUGACAGUAAAAUAAAGUCCAGAGUGAUGUGGAGCGAGUUUGUCUUUAUCUCUUUUUGGACGCUGGAAGUUCUUGCUGGACCAACAACAAACCUGUUUCCUCUCAGAAAAUAAGAGGCAGAAAACAUCUCCCAGUUGGAAACUACCUUUAGACUUUACAUGAGAACUGCUUCAGUUAUAAAGUUAGGUCAAACGUAAGUAAGAAAAAAAAACAUUUAAAAUUAAACUUGAAAAUAAAAGAUAGGUAGAAAGGCCAUAACAAAAAGUAAACUCUGGAUCACAGAACUCUGUUUUCAGUUAUACUGGGAUGGAAAACUGUUUUGAUCUCUCGUUUUACUAAACAAUAUAAUACCAACUCACCACAGCUCAUAACAUAAAACUCUUUUUUUUUUAGUCACACAGUAUCAGAAUCACUGAUUUACGUAGAUGGAUUGUUACAGAAGUAGAGACGCUUCUUAUGUCUGUCUAAAGCUGAAGGAAGCUGAGGUUUAUAAUUAUCAGUCUGAUAGAAGAUAAAAGCCUCCAAUGUUUACAAAUUUCUGUUUAGGAUUAAAUGAAACCUAAAGAUUCUCAAACAUCUCCUCUCUGCUGCCAUGACAUCCAACACAACAACAUCCACAGUCUGGUCACCAGAUAAGGUUGCUGAAGAUUGAUUGUUAAAAGAUUCAGCACCUUCAGAUGCUCACUUCUCCAAAAUCAGCACAGCCACAACUCAACCACUGCAGCAGUAACAGCAUCACUUAAUCUACGUUGAUGCUUCACUCACAUCAGCAUGCUGAAUUCUUGAAAAUAAAAGAUUGAAAAGGAAUAAAGUACCCUGCACCUUAUAACAUGAAAUAAUGGAACAAACCACAAAAAUAAUUUUUAUUUAUUUAUUUACUUUUUUAUUUAUUUAAUAUAUGUUUAUUUAUAUAUAACACUUUCUGCAUGAGUUUAUUUAUAAAGCACAUUUACAACAACCUCUGCUGACCAAAAUGCUUCACAAUCAUUACAGCUUCACAGGUACAUAAACAAAAAAAACAAAAUAAAAUUAAGAUUGAUAAAAAUAUUAAUAAAUAAUAAUAAAAUUGGCAGCACAAUACCAAGAAAAUAAUAAUACAAUAAUAGAAAUAAAAACCAAGAUGUACUUAAUUCCAAUUGCAGCAAUUACCCAAAAACACAAAUCAAUUAAUUAUUAAUUUUUCCCUGUUUUUUUUCUACACAUUUUCCUGUUUGGAUUUUGGACCCAAUUUUUUCCCAGUUUCAUCUUUACGGGUUUAUUUGGUUUUAAAUUCGUGAGUUGCUGAAGGCUUUUUUAAGUGUCAAUGCAGGAGUUUGUUAUUGAUGCGCCAUUUAUUCACACUCUGCUGAUUUAUUCAUUCUCCUCUGUUUGCUUUAUGGUUCCUAAAUCUGCAGCUUCUAGUAAUAUUAACUUGCAUUUAACCAUUAACCAUUUGGUUUUGCAUAAAACCAAAUGCAGGUUUUUUUGUCCAAAGCUGCAUUUCGUUUCUCUCUGGAAACAAUAACAAUAGUUCCAGAUCUGGACUAAAAUAAUCAUUCCUGCAUGUUAAAACCUCAACCAAACCAUCAAACAUGACAGGAAGUUGUUUUUCAAUUUUAACUCACUGCCGAUAAAUUAAAAAAAACUUACUGGCAGGCAUUUAUUGAUAAUACACACAAUAGCAUCUAUAAAAAAUAUUUAUUAUAUUUAGAAAAGUAGUCAAAUCAUAAUGAUGAUGAACUAUUAAAGAAAAUUCAAAAUAAUUUUAUAAUAGCACAAGAUUAAUUAUAAAUUCAAGAUGAUUUGUUGCAGGGAUUAAAUUUCCUCACUAUAAAAUUUAUUUAUAACAUGACAUAGAAUAAUAUUUCUAUCUUUAUUAUUACUACUCAGUGUCUUAAUUCAAUUAUUUGUUUUUAUUCUGAAUAUUAUGUGAUUCAGUUUGUCUUAAAAAUACUACACAUCUUUAUUUUGCAUUAAUUUAGCCAAACUUAUUACUACUUACGUGUUGCUUCCUGUUCUUUUUCUCUUCUGUCAUCAGAUUCAACUCUUAGCCUGCAGCCGUCAGUCUAAUGAAUUCCAGCUAGCCUCAUUAGCUCUUAGCUUGCUAGCCUUUCCAGCUAACGUUUAUAACCUCCAAGGUUUCCAAAGACAUUUUUGCCAAAAUUAAACAAAAUUUGUCAUGAAAAUGAAAAUUUGUGCAGAUAUUUACAUCAAACUUCAGACAUCUGAAUUUUUUAGGCAGUUUAAAUAUUUGCAAGAAAGAAAAGUUCCUAAUUUCUGGAUUAUGAAUGUGUUCAUAACUUUGUACAAGCUGCACAAAUAGAAAAAUACAAAAUAUUCAUACCCCUUGAACUUUUUUCCCACUUUGGGGCUUUAUAACAACCACCAACUUCAAUUUAUUUUGUGGGCCAGACCACACAAAAUGCUCCAUAACAGUUUACAUUAAUUCAUAGAUAAAAAUCUGAAAAGUGCAGCCUGUAUCUGUUUUCAGUUAAUCCUUUGUUGGCAGUAGCUCCAGCUGUACAAGAAAAAAGUCCGACUCUGGUCCCGAUUCUUGAUCUGGUGGUUUUCCAGUGUUCUCCUCACAACGCCUGACACGUUGUGGGAGCAUCGCUUCUGUUCCUGGUUGUGCAGAAAACUUUUUUUUGCAGGUUUAAACUAUAUAAAGUGCAGCUUAAAUUGCAGUGACCUUUAGAGUUGUGAGAGCUAAGAUGACACUUUCCAUAAUGGCUAAUAAUAAUAAUAAUAAAAAACCUCAUUGAGAUCUACAA